GUUUUGGGUAUGGGGGUCACUUUUGGGGAUCAUUAGAAUACAUUUUAAACAUUCAAUAUUUACACUUACUUAACUCCUAUGUCAGUCAUAUUACGUGAUAUUGCCCGUUUUAGUGAUGUUUCUCCGGGAGUAGCCGAGUACACACCGGAAAAGAACGGAAAUUAAUCAAUGACGCGUUUUACGUCAAUGGUAGACACUUCGUCGAUUCCAAGAUGGCGGACAUCAUAGAAACCCUUCCAGGCGCUAGCGAUUCAGAAUUUGAAAUUUCUGACGAUAAUUCGGAUGCUGGUUCAGUUUCUCAGGAAAGUACGCUUUCAGAUGGCAGUUACAGUGAAAGCGUACCGUUUAUUUCCGUUCAGGGAUAUCAGUUUGAGCCUAGGAAACGUGAAAGAGUUGGGCCUCUCCCCGAGAAUGAGAGCGUUAACACGGAGGCACAAAGAGUCGGGAAUACAGAAUGGUGUGAAUGUGGUCAUUGUUCAGCUAUGACUACAGAGGCAGAAAGUCGCUGCUGUCAUGAAAUUCCAGAGGUGAAAAACAGGGCGGAGGAGGGCGGUGUUGAUUGCAUUAUCAUGCACCCAGGAUUUGGGCAAGGCUGCUUAAAUCCAUAUGCCUUGGAAAUUGCAUAUUUACAUCACAGGCAACAAUAUGGUGCAAUUCCUGAAUCUCACGGGGCAAAUCAGGCUGAAAAGUAUCGUUACAUUGCCUAUCGCCAAGUGGUGCGGUGGUGCUGGGGCUAUUUGGGUAAGCACCGCAGGGUCCCAUUGCCUGCUUGUGCAGUUAGCAAAAUAAGAAACACUUUUACAACCAAUGGACAUUACACAGGUUUCAGAUUGCCCAACUUGAGAUAGAAGAGAACUCAUGG